GAGAGCCGGAUGCCAUCACAGCCCCGGAGUGACGUCAUCACAGCUCUGUGCCUGCCCGGUGAGCUCACUGCUCCUCCCAGCGCUGCAAUCAAUGACUGCACAAGCCUUAGCAGUGCGCGGUGGGGAAAGUGCAUAAGCACACCCCAGAUCCUCUGCUCUCCUGGGAUGCCGCCGCCGCCACUGCGUUUAAAUGCAUAGGAUUAUUGGCGCAUCGUUUUAAUUGCAGAUUUUAUUCGGGGGUUUUAUUUAUUUUAUCGUCCGACAUGGGAUUACCUCCUCUGGAGUUCAGCGAUUGCUAUCUGGACAGCCCGCAGUUUAGGGAUAGGCUGAAAUCGCACGAAAGUGAGCUGGAGAAGACCAACAAGUUCAUUAAGGAGCUCAUCAAGGAUGGGAAGUCGCUGGUUGCAGCCCAUAAAAAUUUGUCAUCCGCUAAAAGGAAAUUUGCUGGAUCGCUGAACGAAUUCAAAUUCCAGUGCAUUGGUGAUGCAGAAACAGAUGAUGAAAUCUGCAUUGCGAGAUCCCUGCAGGAAUUUGCUGCUGUAUUGGGGAAUCUUGAAGACGAGAGAAUGCGGAUGAUUGAGAAUGCUGGAGAAGUUCUUAUAACUCCACUUGAGAGGUUCCGUAAGGAGCAGAUUGGUGCAGCUAAGGAGGUGAAAAAGAAAUAUGACAAGGAAACUGAAAAGUACUGCAGUGUGCUGGAAAAACACACGAACCUUUCAUCCAAGAAGAAAGAAGUUCACUUGCAGGAGGCGGAUAGCCAAGUGGACCAGAUGAGGCAGCAUUUCUAUGAGGUGUCCCUGGAAUAUGUCUUGAAGGUCCAUGAAGUCCAGGAACGGAAGAUGUUUGAGUUUGUUGAACCGCUUCUCGCCUUCUUGCAGGGGCUCUUUACGUUUUACCAUCAUGGUUAUGAACUGGCUAAAGACUUCAGCGACUUCAAGACACAGCUUACCAUAAGCAUUCAAAAUACGCGGGACCGGUUUGAAGGCACGCGUUCUGAGGUAGAGUCUUUGAUGAAGAAAAUGAAAGAGAAUCCCCAUGAGCACCAGACGCUUAGCCCUUAUACCAUGGAGGGGUAUCUAUACGUCCAGGAGAAACGGCACUUUGGAACAUCAUGGGUUAAACAUUACUGCACUUACCAUCGGGACACACGGCAAUUUACUAUGAUACCAUUUGACCAGAAGUCUGGCGGAAAAGCAGGGGAGGAAGAGGUUUUUUGUUUGAAAUCCUGUAUACGCAGGAAAACGGACUCUAUUGAGAAGAGAUUUUGCUUCGAUGUAGAAGGUGUUGAUCGGCCGUCUGUCAUUACAAUGCAGGCUCUUUCUGAAGAGGACAGGCGUCUGUGGAUGGAAGCAAUGGAUGGUCGGGAACCUGUUUACAAUUCAAACAAGGACAGCCAAAGCGAAGGAACUGCCCAGCUGGACAAUAUUGGAUUCAGCGUCAUCCGGAAGUGUAUCCAAGCUGUGGAAACGAGAGGGAUCAAUGAGCAAGGGCUUUACCGAAUUGUUGGAGUCAACUCCAGAGUUCAGAAACUCUUAAGCGUUUUGAUGGAUCCUAAAAUCAUCCCGGAAGCUGAUGCUGAAAUAUCAUCGGAGUGGGAGAUAAAGACAAUAACUAGCACAUUGAAGACAUACUUGAGGAUGCUUCCAGGGCCACUCAUGACAUACCAGUUUCAAAGGAGCUUCAUCAAAGCCGCUAAACUGGAGAACCAGGAAUGUCGAAUAAAGGAAAUUCAUUGUCUUAUUCACCGUCUCCCAGAAAAGAACCGUCAGAUGUUGCAUUUAAUAAUAAAACACUUAGCAAAUGUUGCUGCUAACCACAAACAGAACUUGAUGACUGUGGCCAACCUGGGUGUGGUUUUUGGGCCUACGCUUUUACGUCCACAACAAGAGACUGUGGCAGCCAUCAUGGAUAUCAAAUUCCAAAACAUUGUGGUUGAAAUUAUAAUUGAACACCAUGAAAAGAUGUUUUCCACCGUGCCGGAGAUGCCACAGACAAACUCCCAGCUGCAUUUGUCUCGUAAAAGAAGCGCGGACUCAAAGCCGCCUUCCUGCAGUGAGAGGCCCUUAACGCUUUUCCAUGCAACGCAUUCCUCAGACAAAGAUGAGAAGAGGAACAGUGUAAAUUCAAGUGCAGAGUCUGUCAGUUCGUCAAACGCGAACAGUUCAGUGAACUCGGGCUGUGCGCAGCGUUCCAAUCUGAAUAACCUAAACUCUAGCGACCCUGACCUGGAAGUGAUUAAAGUGAACAGACCAAAUUCCCUCUUUUUGUUGCCUGAUCACGCAAACCUUCCCUCCAAAUUGAUGAAAAGAUUGAACCCGAAAAAUAUAUCUGGCUUUUUGUCGAGUUCACUGAAUCCUAGUCCGACAUCUCCGCCAACAUGCCCAAUGUUUUCAGCUCCGUCAAGCCCGAUGCCAACUUCCUCUACAUCUAAUGACUCCUCUCCAACAAGUUUGCCGAGGAAAGCCAAGGCUUUGUAUGCAUGUAAAGCAGAACAUGACUCUGAACUCUCAUUCACAGCCGGUACUGUGUUUGAAAAUGUUCAUCCAUCACAGGAACCUGGCUGGUUGGAAGGGACUCUUAAUGGGAAGACCGGACUCAUUCCUGAAAACUAUGUUGAAUUCCUAUAGCUUUAUUCUCAACUAGCACUGCUAAGCUUUACAUGGUAUCCAUGACAACUGCUGACUGUGUCGAAGAUCAUCUCUGCUUCCAUUAAUCACAGGGUGAAGGACUUUCUAGAGACCAUUGCAGUGAAUAUCUGUGUUAAUAAUAAUGUACAUGUUUCAGAUGAUUUAUGGUGACGUUAAAGUAGACAAAUGGUUAUUUUUUUUAAAUACUUUAUUUUAAGGGACCAUUUUUUUUCUAUUUUCAGUGUAACUUUUAACUGAAUGCCAAUUUCUGUUUAUUAAUUCAAUUAGGCACUUGCAGAAUUUUUGGCUAUAUGACUGGAGGGAGUGAAUUGCUUUUAAGAAAGCAUCGACUUGCAGAAAUCACAAAAUCUCCACUUUGACCACUAAAAAGAUUGAAAGUGUUGGACUUCUGAGCAGUGGCAUUUUAGCCUAACUUUUUAAAUCAAUUCCCUAAAGUGAAUCACUAAUUAUUUCUUGCUACAUAUACUGGCCCAGUAAAUUCCUUUUACAAUCUUCAUAUGGGAGCUGAGCCCCAGGAGUGAUA